AUGGACGAGCCGUGUUUCAUAAAGCCGCCUCCGGAAGGGGCCGCGCUGCCGCGGUUGGUGUGCUACGAUCUCGACGAUACCGUCUGGUUUCCCGAGCUUUACAUGAUGUGCGGCGCGCCGUGGAGCAAGGACGAGCUCGGGAGGGUCACGGACACCUGCGGGACGGAGCUGAGGGUGUAUCCCGCGGCCAUCGAGAGCAUCAGGCUAAUAUUGGACCCGGAUGGCCCGUUUCAAUCGAGCGGCGUCGGCGCCGAGGUGGCGUUCGCGUCGAGGACCAACCGUGGAAAGUGGGCGAUGGAGGCGCUGGACCUGUUGAGGCUCGAUGAGGGCACCUCGUUGCGGGAGGCUGUCGGGGACUUGGUCGAGAUCUUCCCGGGAACCAAGCGGAAGCACUUCGAGGCGUUAAGGAAGAAGUCGGGAGUGCCUUACAGCCAGAUGCUGUUCUUCGAUAACGAGCGCAUCAACGUGGAGGAGGUGGGGCAGCUCGGGGUGACCAGCAUAUACUGCCCCGGGGGUAUGAGCCAGGGGGCGUGGGAGAAGGGGCUGGAGACUUACGCCAGAAACGCGAGGCAGAGGUCCGCCGCCGGUAGACGAUGA